AUGGUGGAUUGUAAACCCCUAGCCACACCAACGGCCGUCACACUGGUGGUAACUCCGUCUGAUCAACCGUUUGAGAACCCGACACAAUACCGCCGUAUAGUGGGCGCACUGCAGUACUUAACUAUCACCCGGCCAGAUCUCUUGUAUGCAGUCAAUCGCUUAUGUCAGUUUAUGCACUCUCUAAUCGUUGACCACUGGGGGCUAGUGAAACGUGUGUUACGCUACACCAAGGGCACGCUAGACUACAGUCUACGGCUCUCGCCAUCCUCGUCAACUACCAUUCAUGCCUAUUCGGACUUCGACUGGGCCGGCUGUCCGAUUGAUAGGAAGAGCACGAGUGGAUAUGCUGUUUACCUAGGGUCUAACCUUGUCUCUUGGCUGUCUAGGAAACAACGCACUGUCGCCCGUUCAUCUACUAUAGCCGAAUAUAAAGCCCUCGCCGAUGUUUCCGCUGAAGUCACUUGGGUCGUUUCUUUACUCCGUGAACUUGGGUUACACUCUGGACAGCCGUCAACUUUGUGGUGUGACAACCUCGGGGCAACGUAUCUUUGUGCCAAUCCGGUCUUCCAUGCGCGCACCAAACAUGUCGAAAUUGAUUAUCACUUCGUUCGCGACAAAGUGGCCUCCGGGGACAUCGUCGUCAAUUUUGUUUCUACUAAGGACCAGCUUGCGGACAUCUUCACCAAACCGUUGCCUGGUUCGAGGUUCGCUAUCCUUCGAGACAAGCUCAAUGUUGUGGCUCACCAACCUUGUGCUUGA